AUGUCUAAUUUUCCCUUUUUCAAUUUAUUAGAUGCAUUGAAUGAGGAAGCUGAAAACAUGAGGAGAUCCAUGGAAGAUCCCUUGUUUGUCAAUCAACAAGAAUUUCAAGAUAGAGGAAGAUCAAGAAGAAGGUUACCACCAUCCACUGGUGACACUGCCCUUACCAGACCAAGACGAUCUUCUUUAGACGAUCUUGAUAAUUGGUAUAAUAACGAUCUUUCUCUUUUACCGAUGAAUAUGCCACUUGGGGGUGCACCAAUGACUGUUCCAAUCGAUAUAUUAGAUCAUGAUAAGAAUUAUGAAGUUAAAGUGUCCAUUCCUGGAGUUGAAGACAGGAAACUAAUUCACUUAGAUUAUUUAAAGGAUAAGAAUCAGUUUGUCAUUACUGGUGAAAUUCCUUCGGUGGUUACAAAUGAGACAAGAGGGAAUGUAAAAGUUAUGGAACGUGCCUGUGGUAAAUUUAGAAGAGCAAUUUCUUUACCUGAGAGCCCCGGAAUUGAUGUUGAGCACUGUAAAGCAGAUUAUUCUAAUGGGAUUUUAAAUGUACGCAUUCCCAAACUUAAACCCAAAAAGAGUGAUAAAGAUAAAGUGCGUACUAUUGAAAUUUCUUCAAAUGAGUCAAAGUAA